AUGAAUUAUUUCUGCUGUGGUCUGUUGUUGGGCCUGUUUGUGGCUGGAAGUCUAGCAGCUCCCCAUGGAGGACACGCGACCAGCUACAGUGUGCUGACCAAGCACGAGGGGCCGGUGCACAAGGGUUCUGGAUACGGCUACGGCUAUGGCUACGAUCACGACCUGACCAGUGCGUAUGGAGGUGUCUACGGGCAUGGAUAUCCCAGUCAUGGGUAUUCCGGAUACGAAAAACACGAGCCGCAUCACUAUCCGAAAUAUCAGUUCGACUAUGGAGUCAAGGAUGCCCACACCGGCGACCAGAAGAGCCAGUGGGAGACGCGCGAUGGCGACAAGGUCAAGGGCAGCUACUCCUUGAAGGAGGCCGAUGGCACCACCCGCGUGGUGGAGUACACAGCCGACGAUCACAAUGGCUUCAACGCAGUUGUCAAGAAGCUGGGCCACGCACAUCAUCCUCAGGUGUACCAGAAGGGCUACGGACACGGCGACAUCUAUGGAGCGGACUACGGCUACGGCCAUGAUGUGGCGCAUUACGGCGGCUAUGGACACGGCGGACACGGCCAUGCCAGCAGCUAUGUGAGCGUGAAGCAACUGCACUGA